CAAGGUUUGCCGAAAUCACCAGCCAAACACCGGCUAUUAGGAAUACAAUAAAAUAUUCUCUUCUUUCCCUUUUUGUUUCUCUAUCAUCUUUCUCGCUCUACUUUGAACUGUAACAACAAUAGUUGAAUCGCCAAUGGCGGCAACAUCCACCUCUUCUAGAAGAUCUACCGGACCGACCUUCCGUUCUCACUCCCCAUCUGGUAGAUUCCCCUCCUACUCCUCUCCAAGCUCUUCGUCUUCCGCCUUUGCUUACUCCAGUUCCAGCUUCUCCUCUAGCGCCUCAACUUUCUUUCACCGGUCUGCUUCUCCGACACGUGUCAACGUGUGCGGUCAUUCCGCCAUGUCGCCCUCCGUACGGUUCUCCCUUGACCGUUCGGUGUCACCGAACCGGUCCAUCUCCACAGUCGGUGCCAAACCUCCGCAUCAGGUUGUGAAGAGGCAGAGUACUCCCAAACGGACCUGUUUGUGUUCUCCUACGACGCACCCUGGCUCUUUCCGGUGCAGCCUCCACAAGAAUUUCGGUGGUAACUCACAGGGAGGGAGUGUUUCGGCGAGUAAUCGGCUUAACGCGCGCAGAUCGGCGAUGACGAACUCUCUGGUGAGGAUUGGUGGAGUGGAAGGAGAUCUGGUCAAGAGAGCCCUUGCUGCGCUGAUUCGUCCGUCCUCGCACCAACAGCGCCGCCGCUCCGCUUUCCAACCGAGGCCUAGCAGGUUGUCAGUAAUGUCGAAAGCCGAAGAUUCCUGAAAUUCUCCAACGGUACGAAGCUUCCAUUAUUUUUGUCGAUCCUUAUUCAACUGAUCCGGCGACGGAGGGCACAGAUCCCGGCGAAGCAAAGGUGAUCUGGCUGGCAGAGCGUGAGAUUCGGUCGCGGACUUGUUUUAGAGUAUUCCGUCCGCUGAAACACAGAAUCCGAAUGGAAAACUGCUAUUAUACCUCUUUUUAGUUUUUAUGUGUAUACAGCUUAUAUAUGAACCUUUGCGGCCAUUAAUGGCGGAUUUGAGACUCUCAGGACACUAAUCUAACUCUCCUAAAACAAACUAAAUUCAAAAUUGAACAUAAUUGAAAAAAUUGAAAAUAAUUUGUUUAAAUUUGUUCCA